GGAAAGGGAAGCAGAGGGGGCCUGGCCCUGAAGUCGAUGGUGUCCCACUGAAGAUCUGGAAAACACCUGCAAGACUCCUGGGGGUCCUGCGCAGGCACAGACCACGGCUCCAGUAUAUAAAUCAGGCAAAUUCCCCGUUGAGCAUGAACCUCUGAAAACUGCCGGCAUCUAAGGUCUCCUCCAAGGCCCUCUGGAGUCCAGCCCAUAAUGAAGGUCUUGGCGGCAGGAGUUGUGCCCCUGCUGCUGGUUCUGCACUGGAAACACGGGGCGGGGAGCCCCCUUCCUAUCACCCCUGUCAACGCCACCUGUGCCACACGCCACCCAUGUCACAGCAACCUCAUGAACCAGAUCAGGAACCAACUGGCACAGCUCAAUGGCAGUGCCAAUGCUCUCUUUAUUCUCUAUUACACAGCCCAGGGGGAGCCGUUCCCCAACAACCUGGACAAGCUGUGUGGCCCCAAUGUGACGGACUUCCCGCCAUUCCAUGCCAACGGCACGGAGAAGACGCGGCUAGUGGAGCUGUACCGCAUCAUCGCGUACCUCGGCGCCUCCCUGGGCAACAUCACCCGGGACCAGAAGGUCCUCAAUCCCAACGCCCUCAGCCUCCAUAGCAAGCUGAACGCCACUGCGGACAUCAUGCGGGGCCUCCUUAGCAACGUGCUCUGCCGCCUGUGUAACAAGUACCAUGUGGCCCACGUGGACGUGGCCUACGGCCCCGACACCUCGGGCAAGGACGUCUUCCAGAAGAAGAAGUUGGGCUGUCAGCUCCUGGGGAAGUAUAAGCAGGUCAUCGCUGUGGUGGCCCAGGCCUUCUAGGCAGGAGGUCAUGAUGCCUGCAGUGAGCGACCUGAGAUCCUAGGCUUGGGCAGCUCUCAAACUGUGGCCGGGGCCCAGAGCAUCGCUGGACCCAAGUGGGGGCUGCUGGCAGACCCCGGGGGGUUCCUGGCCAGUCCACUCCCCUCUAGGGUGGGCUGUGAGAAAGCCGAGCAGAAUCUAAACUUCUGUAGGCAGGGCCUGUCUACAGCGCCAAUUAGAAGGACCCCUUCCUCUGGGAGACUGUGGCCGGGCACCAGGGUGUUGGGCUGCUGAGGGGAUUGUGGGCUGGACCUCUGUCCCCACUUGGCCCCUUGGCCAGGGCCUUUGUGAGAAAACUGCACAAGUCAUCCAUAGCGACUCUGACCAUGGGACGAGACGGCAGGGGUCAGGGGAAUCACACAGCCCCACAAAAUGACCACCAUCAGUGCCUUUACUGCCCCUUCCGUAGGCUUUGGAAGGUUUGACAGGGCUCAGGCAGGCCAGAGGAGCUGGGUUCCAGAGGACUCCUUGGUCCCUACAAGUCUAGUGAAUGGAAGUUAGAGGGGGAAGUUCUGGUUCGGUAUGUUCCUUCUCUUGAGCAUGAUUGGAGAGCUCAGGCCUAGGGCCUAGACUGUGAGGCAGAAAGUUCCAGAAUGAGCUCACUGGCAUUCAGGCUUCUAGGGAGGCUGAGAGGCCACCUUCAGGCAUGGGAAGGUAGAAAGUCCUGAAAGCCUUGGCAGGCUCGCCUUCUUCCCUGUAGUCUUUACUGAAGCCUGGGAUGGCCAGGGGUCUGGUGGCUGGACCUGGAGGUGGGGUUUGGGGAAAUGGGCAGGUGGCAAAGUCAGGUGAAGACGUUCCGAGGGGACCCAGAGUCUUCCUUCUGGGCCGGGGUCUUUAAGGGAUGGAAAGGGAUGGGAAGGACUGGGUAGUUCAGAGUGGCAGCUCACGUCUGGGGCCCCUGGAGGUCCUGUGAGGUCACACAAAGGUACUUGAUGGGGACUAGAGGCCAUCUCUGGUUCCUAGAGCAAGGGGACAGCAGAGCCUGAGGUCAGGUCUCAGAGAAGCCUGAGAACCAAGAGUGCUGUGUGUCUGACCCAGCAUGAUUGUCUAUUUAUUAUGAUGCCCUAUUUAUAUUAACUUAUUGGUGCUUUAAAUGGCAAAGUUAGUUCCCCUUUCCCUGCUUUCUACUCAACAGAAAUAAUAUGAUGGCUCGUAGAGGAGCCAGGGCCAAGCCUUAGCAGGGGCUGGUCCAGAAGUCAAGGAUGUUACAAUGAGACUAAGCCUUACUGGUGAAGCUCAGAGAAGGCUCAGGAUCUGAGAGAACUGGUCACCCUGGGUGGUGGGGGCAGGGGCAGGGGACCCUGCUCCAUACCUCAUCCCAACUGUGACCUGAUUUGGGGCUAUCAGGAUCCUGGCUUCACGGCAGGCUGGGCUGGCUUGUGGAGUGGCCAGGGGCCUUCUCCCAGGGCCACCAUCUUGCUUGGCUCCAGAGGGCUCACUCAACACUGUGUUUUCUGGCAGCCCUUGGAAUUGUGCCGUGAGGGGUAACAUUCACAGCUGAAAGGGUGUCCGGGAGCACUGGGUAAGGCAGCCCCGGUGGCCCACUCUGCUGCUGUUUCCUUGUUCCCAUGCUGUCUCUGGACCAGCAGUUGAGGGGCUCUGGAACAGUCCUGACCCAGCAUCCAGCAUGCUUGCACACGGUAGGGAAGCUCCUGCUCGGGUGGCCCAAACACCCCCAAAGGGCCAGAGGGCCUGGCUGGACCUCUGGGAAGCUGGGGCAGCGCAGGGAGGAGCUCCCUGCUCUGGAGAGGAGGCUAGGGAGGCCCUGGGCCCAUGACCAGGAAGCUGUGGUCCCUCCUGCCCCCCCUCCCCCCACGCCCCCACCCAUGUCUGGGCUCCCAGGCAGGGAACCCGAUCCUUUCCUUUGUGCUGGGGCCAGGCUAGUGGAGAAACGCCCUCCAGUCUGGGAGCAAGGGAGGGGGUGCGGAGCUGGGGCAGCUGCUAAGAGCAACAUUCUGGCUUCUUCUCAAACCCUGAGCGGUGGUGGCAGUCCUAGCUGGUUCAGCCAAUGUGAUUAUGGUACUUUGCACUCACUUUGCACCUCUCUUGUCUUCCCUGAGCACUUCACCCGCACA